AUGCAUUUUCCUCAGGUGUUGAAAUCAGUGGUGAAACUGUUUGUUCAGAUUUCAACUCCAAACUAUAGCAUGCCCUGGCAGAUGAAGCGGCAGCAGCAGGUUUUUGGAUCAGGGUUUGUGAUUUCUGGCAGGAGAAUUCUCACCAAUGGACAUGUAGUAGCUUAUCAGAAGUCAGUAAGUAAACAAAUACAUUAAAUUACUUUUGUUCUGAAAAUUUAAACUUCCAAUGAAAGUAGGGAAUGUCUUAUCAGGAAUGAGGCACUGCAGCAACUUUGUAGUCUGGUGGCUCUGACCUUCAUGACCAAUUCUGGUUCUCUGCUGAGUGGAAAGGAAGCAUUUCAGGAUUCUUUUGUAUCCCUGGUAUUCAGCAUUCAUGUUACAACAGCUUCUUUAAUUUUUAACAGUUAGCUUCCUUUAUUUUUCAGGUGCGAGUUCGUAAGCAUGGAGAUGCUAAGAAAUACAAUGCUCAUGUGAUUCAUGUUGGCCAUGAGUGUGACAUUGCCAUGGUAACUAUUUGUAACUACUUUUAGAUCUUCCGAUAUAAACUAUAGAACUUCAGGUAAUGACAUGGGACAUGUAAGUAGACAUAUUACAAGGCAUUAAAACUGUUUCAUUGUAAACAGUCCAUUCAAUCUUUUAUUUUCUUAAAGCUGGGUGUAACAGAUGAAACCUUCUGGGAGGACCUGUGCCCCCUGGAAUUUGGUGAGAUACCUGCACUUGAAGAAGAUGUGGUUUGUGUUGGUUUUCCAACUGGUGGAGAUAAUAUUAGUGUCACACGAGGAGUUGUCUCUAGAGUGGAAAUUCAGCGUUAUGCACACUCUGCAGUGGAACUUUUGGCUAUACAGGUUAGAACUGUGUAUAUUAAAUGUUGAUUAUGUGAUGGGGUAUAAAUGUGUUUGCCUCUUCAUGAUUUUUGAACUAUUUGAUAAGCCUUUAGUCCCAGUAAUCUUGCUCAGUUCCUUCCAGAAGUUUGAAAAUUGAAGAAUUUAAGAAUUCAACUUAACUAUCUCAACGAUCAGUCAGUGGGCCUCUCUAUAUGUGACCAUCAUUUAACCUUUAGACAUUUCAUAAGGCCCCCUAGACUUUAUAGUAUUAGAAAAUUAAUAUUUGAAUAAGAUCCUCUUAUUUCUGAUGCAAGAGUUAUCUAAGGUUGUUUGUUACUAUGGACAGAUUGAUGCAGCAAUAAACAGUGGUAACAGUGGUGGGCCUGCCCUUCAGGAUGACAGAGUGAUUGGAAUUGCUUUUGAGACACUGGAUAAUGCUGAAAACAUUGGAUAUAUUAUACCUGUAAGUCAUUCAUACUAUCUAAUUUACUCAAAUUACUUUGUUCCUUGUGGUGAAUAGAAUGUGUAAAGAACAUGUUGCAUUUAAAACUCAAUUUAUGACAAAUAACAACUUUUCAGGUAACAGUAAUAAAACAUUUCUUGGGAGAUAUUGAGAAAAGCAACACAUACAAUGGUUUCUGUCGACUGGGAAUCAAAUGGCAGCCAAUUGAAAGUGAGCACAUGCGGAAUUACUUUCAGCUGUCGGCAGAACAGACAGGGGUCCUUGUUACAAAAGUCCUUCCUUUGUUCAGCUGCAGCAGUGUGCUGAAACGAGGAGAUGUCCUUAUGGCAGUGAAUGACGAAGUGAUUGCAGACAAUGGAACAGUGAGUAACUUGUCAUAACUUAUGAGAUUCUUUUAUUGAGAUCCUGUAAUAAUCAACAAUGUAUUGCCCAAAAAACAAGAUAAGUGUAUAGAAGAGAAAACCAGCACCAUGUAGGCCUGUCUUGGAACACAUUUGCCAGCCUCUUGACAGGAUUUUAAUAUCUUGAGGGUUUAUAGUUUAUGGAUCUUAUGAGGCCCAGAAUCAAUCCAAGUUGAAAGCAAUUGUGGUUAAAUUCAACCCUACAUGGCCAAUGCAAGCAAUAAGGGUUUAUGCUUCUAUUUAUUAAUUUUUAUUUUCCUCUCCUAAAGCCAGUGGACCAAGGCUAUAACAUAGAAGGUUUAUUUUGAUUUGAUCCUUCAUACUCAAGAUCUGAUUAUGAAUUCUCCUAUUAAUGUGCUACACAAUUCCUUGUCAAUUAGUUGGGAGAAUUUGGUGGUACAUUACUUAUCACAAUACUACCCGCUAUCUGCUUAAUUCAUUCAUCCUCACCAUCUGUUAGCUUAAUACGACAUUCAUAAUCUAAAGAGAAGUUAUUGUAAAUCCCUUAGGUGGGUUCUGCUGAGUCAGAUAUAUCCAUGUUUUCAUGUUCUACCAGCAUUAGGCCUUGUUAUGACCUAAACAUCAAUUUUGAAAUAACUGAAAUAAAAUCUCCACUGUUUGUUAGUUUUUAUCUCACAGCAACACCUGGGUGUUUUUAUCAGUUGGGCUAAUCACGUUUUUGUGUGGUGUUGUUUUUGUUUAGGUUCAUUUUCGCGGUAAUGAGCGUAUUCUGUUUGACUACAAAUUGUCACAGAUGUUUAUUGGUGAUAUCUGCAAACUGAAAAUUCUAAGACAAGGCCAAGUGUUGAAGGUUGAAGUGACAUUAGAUCUCAUCACAUCACUUGUACCCACCCAGCUGUAUGACAAAAGACCAAGGUAAUUAAUAGGAAUUUCAGCUUUCCUUACAAGCUUAACUUAUCUUUCUGUGUCAGGGUACAUUGAAAUCGCCCGGUGAUAAGUUCACUGAACUCUGUAUUUAGGCCUGGGUUUGAGCCCUGACUGAGACAUUCUGUUGUGUUCUUGGUCAAGACACUUUCCUCUAACAGCGCCUCUCUCAAGCGGGGGUAUAAAUGAGUACUGGAGAACUGGUUUCGCUAUUAAACUCUCACUAUCAUUUCUGCCCGUAGUUACCUCGUGUACGCUGGCCUCGUGUUUGUGUCUCUCUCCCAGCCCUACAUGCAACAUCAGUACGGAAAAGACUGGGCACGAAAGGCACCCAUAAGGCUCUGUGAUCGUGUUCUAUACGGUAUUUUGAAUCAAACGGGACAGGAAGUCAUUUUGCUCAGUCAGGUAAGUAAAGAGGUAACUUUAUUUUACUAAAACAGGGAGGUCACUUGAUUUUCACGCCUUUUUGGCUUGAAAGACGACGUCAUGGGACCCAGAGCGUUUUUUUUUUUAAGGGUCAGUUAGGACGCAGAUCUCUAAAUCCGUGAAGAUCUUUAUGUUUUGGUUUUGUAUGAAACUGAUGAAAGAAGGCGCUCCUUUUAAAUGAGUAUUGUAAAUCCAGAAUCAAAGAAAUUACAACGGUGAAUAAGAAUAAGAAGAACGAGAAUAGGGAGCCAGGUAGGACUCUAACUUUAAUCAAGGAAACUGCCUGAGGCGCGGUAGAACUCAAGAGACCAAUUUUUCGAUUGGGUCGAGUUUUGCAUCUUCUUGGUAAGGAGGGUGGCGCAAACUCGACAGUUUAUUGAACAUCAAAUCAAAGUUUUGGAAAUAGAAUGGGAACUUCAAGCUCUAAUUUAGUUAGAUAAUUCAAUCCGAGCACAGAAUUUAUUGCACUCUGUCAUUUGUUUUCUCCAUAUUUGAGUCCUCCCACCACUGAGCUACAUCAAAAAAGUGCUUGCCCUCAUACUGUUUAUUUUAUGAUUAUUUUCAGGUUCUCGCAUCGGAGCUAACAACAGGCUACGAGACAAUGGCAAAUUUGCAGCUUUUUAAAGUUAACGGGAGACCAAUUUUGAAUCUAAAGCAUCUUGCAUCCGUUCUUGAUGAAAUCACUAUACCUUUCGGCAAACCAGAAGACUCGCAAGCGAAAGGUGGAACAACGGCCAGAACUGUGACAUCAGAAAGUUGUGUGGAGGACAACAGUAGCACAAAACAAGGCGAAUUAACUGCUAAGAGUUGUGAAGUACACAAACGCCAAGAUGACAACAUAAUCCCUUUAAAAGAAGUGACAACUAUUGAUGAUACGGAUGGUCGAUCAUGCGCCAAGCUUAAAACACUAGAGGACGUAAAGAAAGAUUGGGAGAGGGGAAAUAACGUGUGUGAAAGUGACAGCCACGCUUUGUCACAUUACCGGAAAACAUCCAAUGAAUGCAGAAAACAAGAUUUCACUCAGACUGAUUCACGUUCUUCAGACUCCUUGUAUUUAUCGACGACACAAACGACCGAUAUGAAUUCUGGUGUGGGUGACGAUCCUACCCUUCUAAACAGAGAAGAUUUCGUGCAUUUUGAGCUCGAUAAGGAGAAAAUAAUUGUGUUACAUAUUCCAACUGCUUAUAACGCUGCACCAGAAAUACUACAACAAUACGCAAUAGGUCAGCCUCGAUCCAAUGACUUACCUUUACCUCCCUAA